UCGACAAGUAACUUUCCAGGACCCAACAUAGAACUGGCAUGUUCAAAACAUUAGCACACAAGCUAACCGGUGUGCGAGGACUUCUCUCUCGCAGACGGAAAAUAAUAAUAACAAACCAUGGAUGAAGUCAAGAUAAAAAAGGAGUUGAACGUGACAGAGCCUACAGAGGUAGAAAACAGGAUCAAGGAGUUGUGUCUGCAGUUUCCUCAAGGCAUAACAGAUCAGGUGAUCCAGAAUGAUCUUCCUCACCUGGAGCCCCAGCAGAGAGCUAUGGCCAUCAACAAGCUGCUCUCAUUGGGUCAGCUGGAUCUGCUGAGGAACAGUUCAGGUCUACUGUACCGACUGAAGGACUCUCAGAUUUCAGGAAAGAUGAAAGGGUCAGAUAACCAGGAGAAGCUGGUGUAUCAGGUCAUCGAAGAUGCAGGAAACAAAGGGAUCUGGAGCAGAGACAUCCGUUUCAAGAGUAACCUUCCUCUGACUGAGAUUAAUAAAAUAUUGAAGAACUUGGAGAGUAAGAAACUCAUCAAAGCUGUAAAAUCUGUUGCGGCGUCCAAGAAGAAGGUCUACAUGUUGUACAACCUGCAGCCUGACCGCUCAGUCACUGGUGGCGCCUGGUACAGUGACCAGGACUUUGAGUCUGAGUUUGUAGAAGUUCUGAACCAGCAGUGCUUCAAGUUCCUGCAGAGCAAAGCGGAGGUAGCAAGGGACAGCAAACAGAGUCCGAUGGUCCAGAGAAACAGCUCAUUCGCUUCCUCACAUGAAGUCUGGAAAUACAUCAGCGAACUUGGUAUCAGCAAGGUGGACUUGUCCAUGGAUGACAUCGAGACCAUACUGAACACGCUGAUCUUUGAUGGAAAGGUGGAGAUGACAGUCAUAGCUGCCAAAGAGGGAACCGUGGGCAGUGUAGACGGUCAGAUGAAGUUGUACCGAGGCGUCAACACCAUCAUCCAGCCCACAGGGCUGGUCAAGACUCCCUGUGGACUCUGCCCGGUGUUUGAUGACUGUCACGAAGGUGGAGAGAUUUCCCCGUCCAACUGUGUCUAUAUGAAUGACUGGCUAGAUUUCUGACUCUUAUUUUUUCCGUCAUAUUUUCCUUUAUUUAUAAUAAAAUUAACUGUAAAUAUA